AUUAAUUCCUGGGAAUCCUCGAUAAACUUAGUAAACUAGGUGUUUACUCUAUUCGAAAUCAGCAUGGACCCGUUCGCGACGACUCUAAUCCUCGUGGCAGUGUUUCUGCUCCUCUAUCGGUAUCUAUGGAAGCCAAUGAAUUACUUCAAGCAACUGGGAAUCCCUCACGCACCUUGGAUCCCAAUCCUAGGCCACAUUGGGCCUGUCCUCUUUCGGUGUAGCUUCCUCGGAGAGCACGCGCAGAAAAUGUACAAUCGCUUCCCAGACGCUAAAUACUUUGGAUUCUACAUAUUCACCACUCCUGUGAUAAUUCUCCGUGAUCCUGAACUGAUUACAUUGAUCGCUAUCAAGGAGUUCGACAGUUUCACCGACCACCUCAGCAUGGGAAACGAGGACAUGGACCCUUUAAUGGGGAAGACGUUGUUCUUCCUUCGAGGCGACAGCUGGCGAGAAAUGAGGAAGCUGUUGAGCCCAGCCUUCAGCGCCGCCAAGAUGAAGAUCAUGUUCAACCUGAUCACCGACUGCGCGGACAGCUUCACCAAACAUAUAGCCGAGGAAUCCAAAGAUGGGAAAGUGUACCAUUUGGAAGACACCUUUGGUCGAUACGGUACCGACAUGAUCGCAACGUCCUGCUUUGGAAUCAGCGUCGACUCCAUGAAGAACCCCAACAACGAGUUCAAUGUAUUCGCUAAGCAGCUGAUAGAUUUCCCGUUUCUCAAGGUGCUGAAAGUAUUGAUUGGCAGACACUUUCCAAGUGUGGCGAGACUCCUCGGGAUCAAAGUAUUUGACGACCAAACUCGUAGCUACUUUACUCGAGUCAUUACCGAGACUGUUAAUAUGAGGAAGGAGAAGGGUAUCUACCGUCCAGACAUGAUUCAACUGAUGAUGGAGUCUGGGGACACGAGCGGGAAGGAGCUAACGAUCGACGAAAUGACGAACCAGGCUUUCAGCUUCUUCCAGGCUGGCUAUGGGACAUCCUCCACUGUCCUAUCGUUUGUUGUUUACGAACUCGCCGUGAACCCAGAGAUUCAGGCCAGAUUGAGAGCAGAAAUCGAGGAAAUUGCGAGGAAAACAGAUGGAAGACCGACUUAUGAUGCUAUCAAAGGCAUGGCGUACUUGGACGCGGUGCUAAACGAAACUGCCAGACUGUACCCUGUGACGACAGUUCUGGAUCGCGUGUGCGUGAAAGAGUUCGAAUUCCCACCAGCCAUGUUCGAUUCGAAACCUGUCACGAUCAAACCUGGUACCAUGAUAGGUUUCAUGCCGUUUGCAACUCAACGCGACCCAAAGUACUUUCCAGAUCCGCUCAGAUUCGACCCUGAUCGAUUUUUGAGCGGUGAAAUACCCCAAAAACACUUCUUUCCCUUUGGAUUGGGACCUAGAAUUUGUAUUGGAAAUAGAUUCGCUAUGAUGGUGCUGAAAAUUGCAUUGUUUUAUCUUUUAUUGCGCUGCGACUUCGAGCCUUGCGCUCAGACGACGAUCCCCAUGAGAUUCAGCAAGAAGAGCGUUUUACUGGCUGCUGAGAAUGGAUUCUGGUUAAAUUUCAAGACCAGGGAAAACAAAACUGUGUUGCGAACGAAUGACGCCAAUGGCGAAUUUUAGGGUGGGUCCUGGGCACUUCUGAAAUUGUACAUAUUAUUUGGUACGUUAUUUCGAAUAACGCGUUAUUUUAUUUUAUAAUUAUUUUACCUGUGUUCACUUUUGUAAUAGUACUUUUUGGAAUAUACUUUCUGCCUUGCA